AUGGAUAAUCACCGAGAAUGUGUUUUGCUCGCCUCUAAGCGAGGCACUUACAGUCGUCGCUCCAAGCAGCGGAUAGAAAGACCAGAGAUCCAGUCGGAAAACCAACUGUUCGCGGGAUGUUCGCCAAAUCAAUCGGACCCGUUCACUGCGAGUGAGCGUGGCAACCAUCCGGCCCCCGUAACCCGCGAAACUUCGGGAACGCGAGCCUAUCCACACCUUCCAGCAAUAAUUUCUUCCCCUCCAACCGCCAACGCUGUAGACGCGUCUGAAUCAAGCCCGAAUGGCGGUUCCGCCAGCAGUAUCGCACCACCGACUGGUUCCAUUGAUGCAUCGAACGCCAGGAAUGCAUCGUCAAUAUCAUCCAUGUUUCAGCACUUCGUGAGACAGCAUAGAGAGGAGUGUCUGAAAUCAGGGCUUGUUCUUUUCGGCGAGCCAUCGCCUUUGACAUUCGCACUUCAGCUCCGCCCAGAAACAGUCCUAGAUUUGCAUGACACCAGCUACUCCAUCUGCGAUAGUCGCUCGCUUGGAAUUGUUCAGGAUGGAAUCCAUCCAGAGCAUCUUGAAAAGUACGAGAUUGAUUGCCUGAAGGCAAAAGGAGCAUUCGACUGUCCAGAACCGGCGUUAUUGUCAAACAUGAUUAACGUGUUUCUUGAUCGAUUUUAUCCAUACUACCCAGUGGUGAACCCGGGAGAUCUCCUACGGGCUCAUGAAGAGCGUAAGAUACCGUGGAUCUUACUCCACUCCAUUUGCUUUAUUGCAAUGACAUUUGGCGAUCUUGGUCUUGUCUACCGCGCGGGGUUCAAUUCCCGGAGGCCCGCACGGCGCUUGUAUUACAAUCGUGCCAAGGCAUUGUUCGAUUUCAACUAUGAAAACAACAAGAUCAUUCUACUCAAAGUCGCCAUUAUGAUGAGCUUUCACGGACCACAAAUGGAUUGUUACUGGAAUCCGAGCUCAUGGAUUGAGGUUGGUGCCACCGUUGGUGUCUCACUGGGAUUGCAUCGCAAAGCUGCUAGCUUAAAACACCAAGCCCAGGACAGGUCUCUGCUCAAGAGACUAUGGUGGAUUCUAGUUCUCCGCGAUGCACACUGCUCAAGUCUUCUUGGUCGUCCUUUCCGAAUCAAUAUAACGCAAAGUGAUAUUGAUAUGCUGUCGCGUGCGGAUUUUGUGGAUGCGCACACAGGCGUUGAACCAUGUCAUACUUGUGAAUGCAGAGCCGCAUUUGACUAUCAAAUUCGUGUUGUUGAACUGUCCUUGAUUCUGCGGAGAAUCAUGCUAUUUCGAUUUGGACCAGUCAAUGAAGCUUUAUCUGCAUCUGCGAUCCAGCUGCAAUUGGAUACAUGGAAGGCCAGGAAUGAUGAGGAGGCCAUCAAACAAUCAAUAACAGGUGUGCAUUUGGAUAUUCUCUGGAACUACCAUCGCAUGCUCCUUUACAUGAACCUGCCUGGUCAGCCCCACUCUGAUGAGCUCCAUCGAACGAAUAUCGAUUUGGCCGCCACUGCAAAUUCGUCAGCCUUCGCGAUAUCAUCUGCUGCUGUCAAACUUGUAUUGAACUCAUCGUUAUGCACAAUUCCUCAUGAAGUGUUUCCUGCCUUCUUCGUUGCAGGUAUCUUGCUCUUCCAACAAGCUCAUAACUCCAACGAUGUCCAAGUAGCCAAAAUGGCUCAGGCAAGUUUUGACAACUGUCAGAUGGCUCUCAAUGGAGCGCAGGAUUACUGGGAUCCUGGUAAAUGGGCAAUGGCUCUUUUCAGCUAUCUUCUGUCUGAAAUGGAAGUAUCUACUACUUCUGGCAUCUAUAACCCACAAGGGCAUGCGGACCACAUGGCGCAAAACCCCCCCAUUGAGUCACUAGAACAGAGGCCGGUCUUCAUCAGAGAUGGCUCCUGGGCAGGCGUCUCUCCUAACACACGUUUGGGAUUGGAUCAAGAGUGGAUGCCAAACAUUGUGGGGAACAUGUUGCUACCGGAUUUCUUUUCCACAACGUACGGCCUUUAA